AUGUCUCCCAAUGAAUCGUCCAAUUUACCAGAAUCGUCAAUUCAUGCCCAUAUCUGUGAUGUCUUCAGUGAAGAAAAUAUUUCCCGAGUCAGAUUGCGGAUAAACAUGAAGCAGGAGUUGCUACGGAUCGAUCCUAAGUUGGGUGCAACUCUUUAUCUUUGGCAUACUGCAGCCAUCUCUUUCUGGCAUGAGGUCUUGACCGACGUUCAAUAUGCCAAACAGUUUCACGAGGAGUCAAGGGUUUCAUACUACCGUCAAAGCGAUGACAGGACAUUUAAUUUGGAAGUGAUGGAGCACGACAUGAUUUCCUUCUUUGCUUCGCUGGACGUCUGUCUCAUUGUUCCCUGGGGCUUUUUCUAUUCCUUAAGAGCCUCUCAAAAUGAUCUGAUGGGGCAGCUUCAACCACUAGAUUGGAGUUUGGAUAUUGCAGCUGACGCUCUCGUGCGUGGUAUCGGCAGACUCUGGGAAGUUCAAUUGAAGAGAGCUCACUCCUGUCAUCUUCACAUCCGUGGGGGUUUGGUGAGUCAAUUCUGGGUGGGUGCACAAGCAAGAAAUGUUGGGGAAGCAUUGGACAAGCCUCAAUCAACUGCAGGGCUGUCUAAUGAAUCGCUCUAUGAUUGA